ACAUGAAUGGCCUGGAAACAGCCCUACCAAGUCUGACUGACAACUCCUCCCUGGCUUACUCUGAGCAAUGUGGACAGGAGACUCCCCUAGAGAACAUGAUCUUCGCUUGCUUCUACCUUCUGGAUUUCAUCCUAGCUUUUGUGGGCAAUUCUCUGGCCCUAUGGCUUUUCAUAUGGGACCAGAAGUCAGGGACCCCGGCCAACGUGUUCCUGAUGCACCUGGCUGUGGCCGACUUGUCUUGUGUGCUGGUCCUGCCUACCCGGCUGGUUUAUCACUUCUCUGGGAAUCACUGGCCAUUUGGGGAAAUCCCAUGCCGACUCACCGGCUUCCUCUUCUACCUCAAUAUGUAUGCCAGCAUCUACUUCCUCACCUGUAUCAGCGCUGACCGAUUCCUGGCCAUUGUACACCCAGUCAAGUCCCUAAAGCUCCGAAGGCCUCUCUAUGCCCACCUGGCCUGUGCCUUCCUGUGGGUGGUGGUAGCUGUGGCUAUGGCCCCACUUCUAGUCAGCCCACAGACUGUGCAGACCAACCACACAGUCGUCUGCCUGCAACUGUACCGGGAGAAGGCCUCCCAUCAUGCCCUGGCAUCUCUGGCUGUGGCUUUCACCUUCCCAUUCAUUACCACAGUCACCUGCUACCUGCUGAUCAUCCGAAGCCUGCGCCAGGGUCCCCGUAUAGAGAAGCACCUCAAGAACAAAGCCGUGCGCAUGAUUGCUAUGGUUCUGGCCAUCUUCCUCAUCUGCUUUGUGCCCUACCACAUCCACCGCUCGGUCUAUGUGCUUCACUAUCGUGGUGGUGGGAUUUCGUGCACUGCUCAGCGUGCCCUGGCCCUAGGGAAUCGUAUCACCUCAUGUCUCACCAGCCUUAACGGGGCCCUGGACCCUGUCAUGUACUUCUUCGUGGCUGAGAAGUUCCGCCAUGCCUUGUGCAACUUGCUCUGCAGCAAACGGCUCACAGGCCCACCUACAAGCUUCGAACGGAAAACCAACGAGAGCUCCCUAAGUGCCCGAUCUGAGCUGUGA